CGAUUCCUGCUCGGGCAGCCAAACCAGAGAAACUCAGAGAGUCCCUCUGCUCCCCAGCUUCCACGUUUUCCAGAUCUCAACUGGACCGGAGGACAGGAAACAGAUGGACCCAGAAGAGUUCGGGAACAGGACCUGAUUGGAAACACCAGUAACAAAUCCAACAUUCUCCCGUAGCUCUGGAGAGAUUCCCCCUUCAAUCGCCUCCAUGAUAGACCUGGAGGAGGACUUCACUUGUUCCAUCUGCUUGGAUCUCCUUAAGAGCCCCAUCACUCUUGAGUGUGGUCACAACUUCUGUUCCGACUGCAUCACUGUUCACUGGACCACGGGGGAGCAGGGCACUCCGAGUUCAGCACAGCGCCGCUGUCCCGAGUGCCAGAGGCCAUGCCAGCGGGACCGAAGUGUGCCGAACACUCGACUCCAGAAUCUGUUGUGGAAGGCGAUGCCCUACCAGGAGCUGAUGAUGCUUUCCCAGAAGGAUGACCUGGAGAAGGAACCCAGGGCACUGCAGCUAGUGAAGUGCUGCCCCUCAGAGGGCCCCGUCCUGGACAUUCCCUCACUGAAUUACUGCCUGAAGAACCCCAAGGUUGUGGAUACCCGUGUCUGCCUCAUAACCAUCAUUGGGGAGCAGCGCACAGGGAAGUCCUUCCUUCUCAACCAGAUACUCCUGGCACUCAAGGCGAAGGAAUCUGGCCAGGACAACUGGAGGCCACAAGCAGGGGAAGACCUACAGGGAUUCCAGUGGGGCGGAGGAAGCGACACCAUCACAAAGGGUGUGUGGAUAUGGAGUCACCCAUUCCUGCUGGAGAAGAAUGCGGAGAAGGUGGCUGUGUUCCUGCUGGACACCGAGGGAACCAUGGCCCCGGACCAAAACAAGGAGAACAGUGUCAAGCUGUCGGCUCUCAGCAUGCUGCUUAGCUCCUACCAGAUCUUCAAUAUCUCCAGAAUGCUGAAAGAGACAGAUCUGGAACAUCUAGAGAUGUUUCUCCUUGCUGCUGAGACAAUAGGAAACUAUUGUGAGAUGGAAGUAGUUCAGCACUUAGAUCUCUUAAUUCGUGACUGUUUUUUCUCCACGGAGUUUGGAUGGGGGCCGGGGAAGGCACACAUGAAUGAUGUCAUCCAGAAACGGUUUGACCGUCAUCCCAAGAUCCAGGAGGUGCUGCAGGGAGGCCGGACCUAUUGUUAUGCCCUGCCCUUCCCAGGGAAGAAGAUGGUGACCAAAGCUGGGGGAAGCACUGCUGAUAUGGAUGACGAAUUCUGCACGUAUCUGCAGGCCUACAUCACAGAUGUGCUGGCAUCAGCCAUCGGUCACGUGAAGAGUCACCAGAAAGACCUGCUCACAGGAAGACAAUUACAAUAUGUGAUUAAGAAAUUCUCCAACCUAAUGAGGGAUGAGAGGUUUGGGUUCUCCUCCGCUGUUGAGAUGGCCAUUUGUCUCCGAACCUGGAAACUGAAAGAAGCCAAGGACAAGGAAUAUGAGGAGUUUUUGGAGAAGCAGAAUAAGGCCACCAAGCCACUGUUCUCUGCUCUCCGUGUCCUUCCAAACACCAUGCGGGCCCGCCUAGCCAAAAAGAGGGACAGCAUCUUGGACUCCUUCUCUGAAGCCUUCAAGGGCUAUGACCAGAGCCGGGCCACAGAGACCUUAAGGGAGGAGAUUCAGGCCAAGGAGGAGACGUUCUCGAAGGCCUAUUUCAAACGUUUCUGCCGCCAAGCAGCUGCCCUGGGCGGGAUUGUAGGGGCUGGGCUGCUGAGCCUGGUAGGAGGAGCAGUGGGGAUUGGCACGGCAGCAGCCCUUGCGAUGGCAGAGGUUACUGAAUUGGUGGUCGCAGGGGCUGCAGGGGCUGGGGUGGGAAUCGGAGUGGGGGCUGGGCUUGGUGCUGGAGUGGGGGCAGAGGUGGGGGCUGAGUUGGGCACCAGCAAUAGGAGGGCAGAGCCGAAAAGUGAGGAGGACGAGGAGCCUCUUAUCCAAGAUGAGAAGUGAACUCUGGAAAUCAGCCACCUGAGGGCUUUCGCAGGCCGAUGACUGGAACCCUCCAGAGGCAGCUGACUCCCACAUGCAUGUAAGCUCAUUGUGGGCCAGGGAAGUGUCUCUUUAUUGUUGUACCGUAGUCUCCCAAGCUCUUAAUAAAGUGCUCUUAGUCCAGUGAACGCUCAACAAAUAUGAACGAAUGAUCCCUCCGGAGGUAGCCGACGCCUACAUAUAUGGAAACCUCAACACGUGGCCGAACGCUGUCUGCAUUUCAGAUGAAACUUGUGCUGGCUACAUCCUAAAUACAAUUUGCAUCUGGUGAACAUCUAUAACCGUGUCUUGAAACUCUAAGGAUAUUGAAGGCAGACCUUUUCUUAAACAACUGAGAAAUUAAUGACACAGGAGCCUGAAUUUUUAUUAAUUGGGUGAGCUUUACAUAUGCCAGUUUUUUAAAGAAAAUAGAACUUUUUUGUUUCCUUAUUAUUUUUCAUUUAUUCUCUUCUCAUUAAAGUAAUUCAUUUCCUUUUGUUGCUA